AUGUGCCGGAUAACCAUAAGGACGUUCACGGAAUGCCAACACUCAAUCAACAUAUACGAACAUUGUGCAUCCGAUCCUCUACGCAAUCAUCCUGGAGCAAUAAAAGGCGUCUGCAAGACCGUUGCCUACAAAUCUGUUCCUAACAUCUUCGAGCACCUCAGAGUAACUUUCCCCCCGGGUUACAAGAAAAUAAUGAAUCUUAUCGCAAAGCUGGAGACUUGUCCGAACUGGCCGUCAAAGAUCAAGAACUAUGAGACUAUCGAGGUUGAUGGGACUUGCUUGGCUGAGGGCGGUGUGUGCUCUGGGACGCGGUACAGACUCAUUGGGUAUGAUAAGAAUGGAGUAGUGGUAGAUCGGCCAGGACCGUGA